AUUCACAAAUGCUUGAAAUCACCUUGACAGCUUUGCGACCCUCUGCAGAAGCACAUGGACUCGGUCAGCAUCCCUCUGUGCUUCAGCAUCCAGACAUGCGCAGCUCCGCGCUCCUCCAAUAGCAGGCCGUGUGUGUGUGCGUCUCGCGCCGGGCUGCGGGACGGGGCGCUGCUUGGCUGGUGGAUUUAACGCGUUUUUCUGGUCUGGUUUUUGGACUGCUGGAUCAAGAUGGCGACCCCAGGCCCAGCCAUGCUAUUGUCUCUUUUCUCCUGCUUCUUCCUAUUAGCAGCUGCAAUUAAACCCAGGAUCUUUGAACCCAGGAUUUUUGACAAGGAGGCCACUGGCUUUGGGCCCAUAUUUGAGGAAGAGCCUCUGGACACUGUGUACGCGGAGGAUUCACCUGAAAACAAAAUAUCUAUGAACUGCAGGGUGCGUGCAAACCCACCGGCCAUUAUCAAGUGGUGGUUAAACAACUGGCAAAUUAAGCUGAUGGAGCAGCCAGAUGAGCACUUCAGCCUGGUUGGAGGAAACCUGGUCAUUACAAACCCAGAAAAAAACAAGCAUGCUGGAAAAUAUGUAUGUGUGGCCAAGAACGUGUACGGCACCGUCAUGAGCAAAGAGGCCAACGUCAAGUUUGGAUACCUGAACCAGUUUCCUACAGAUGAGAGAGAGCCGGUGAAUGUGAAGGAAGGACAGGGAGCUGUUCUGCUGUGUACACCUCCCUCUCGCUAUCCAGAUGAGGUGAUGUUCCGCUGGAUCUACAAUGACUUCCCUAACUUCAUCCUCCCAGAUCAGCGGCGCUUCGUCUCUCAGAGCACCGGGAAUCUGUACAUUGCGAAAGUCGAGCCGUCUGAUGUCGGCAAUUAUUCCUGUUUUGUGUCGAGCCCCACCAUCGGCAAGAGUGUUUUCAGCAUGCCUAUAGCUCUGAUUCCACAGAUAGAGAAGGAAGUGAAGCGAUAUCCUGCUGAUAUCCGGGUGAAAUUUCCUAAGACGUAUGCUUUGGUGCACCAGAACAUCACUCUGGAGUGCUUUGCACUUGGAAAUCCUCUUCCACACAUUCGCUGGAGGAAGCUAGACGCUGAUCUCCCGCCAAACUAUGAAGUCAGCAUGAAUGGAGCUUUACUUCACCUGAUCAACGUCCAGUAUGAGGACGAGGGCAGCUACGAGUGUGAGACGCUCAAUGUGAAAGGGAUGGACUGGUAUCGACAGUGGCUCUAUGUUGAAGGUCCUCCAGAGUGGGCGGAGCACAUCAAUGACACGGAGAAAGAUGUCGGGAGUGAACUGACUCUCAGAUGUGUUGCUGUUGGGAAACCAAUACCAUGGAUACGUUGGCUAAAAGACGGCUAUUCGUAUGGCAAAGGGGAGCUGAAGUUUUCCAGUCUCACGUUUGAGGAUUCGGGCAUGUAUCAGUGCAUUGCUGAGAAUGAAUGGGGAACCAUCUACGCCAAUGCAGAGCUUCGGGUUGUCUCCUGUGCUCCGACGUUCAUAUAUAACCCAGUGAAGAAGAUUCUGCUUGGGGCUGAAAAUGGACGUGUGGUCAUAGAGUGCAAUCCCCGUGCUGCUCCCAAACCCAGAUUCAUCUGGAAACGAGGCUCGGAGCUCCUGAGCAACUCCUCAAGGAUAUUCAUUUGGGACGAUGGAAGUCUGGAGAUUCUGAAUGCAACAAAAAGUGACGAGGGCUCAUACACCUGCUAUGCUGAGAAUGAUCGUGGCAAAUCCAACAGCACUGGGACCCUCACUAUUACUGAGGCCACCAAGAUCACAGUUGGCCCAUCAAACUCUGAGGCAGCUGUAGGGGAUACAAUAGUUCUCCAAUGCUCUGCAUCCUAUGAUCCCAGUCUGGACGUCACCUUCAUCUGGACUGUCGAUUCAUACAUCAUUAACUUCUACACAGACUUUGAACACUACGAGCUGGACAUGGAUCAUGAGAAUAGCGGAGACCUGCUGAUCAAGAACAUUCAGAUUAGACAUGCAGGACACUAUAUCUGCACAGCUCAGACUAUAGUGGACAACGCCACCGCAGAAGCUGAUGUUUUUGUCAGAGGUUUGCCUGGUCCUCCAGGUGGCGUCCGUGUGGAAGAAAUCGGCGACACAUCAGUUAAAAUACGAUGGUGUUUGGGAUCAGAUCACGGUAGUCCUCUCAUCCAGCAUAUCGUGCAAACAAGAGACUUUUACGCCCUUGAUCCUGAAGACUGGAAAACCGCAACUACCACUCCUGCGUUUCUGAAUGGAUCUACAGAGUCAGCCACUGUAGUUGACCUGUACCCCUGGAUGCAAUAUGAGUUCAGAGUGCAUGCCAUCAAUGAAUUCGGAGCUGGUGAAAACAGCCGUCCGUCCAUUAAAAUCAAGACAUGGGAUGCCAGGCCAACAGUAGCUCCUUCUGACGUCAUUGGACAAGUGGGAAUAAGCGGAGAGUUGAUCGUGACUUGGAAUCCUGUGAAACCUCAGUUUUUCUUUGGGAAGAAGUUUGGCUAUGUUGUGGCGUUCAAGCAGCAUGAGGAUUAUGAGUGGAAAUGGUCAACCGUGGAGGAUCCCGAGACCAGACGUUAUGUGUACAAAGAGAGCAUGACACCAGAUACUGAAAUACAGAUCAAAGUCAGCACCUUCAAUAACAAAGGAGAAGGACCCGCAAGUCUUAUAUCAGUGGUUUACUCACCAAGAAUAGCACCGACUGAAGCCCCACUAGAUGUGUAUGCCCGUCAGGUCACCUCCACAGAGGCUUUAGUCUGGUGGUUACCAGUCUACCAGGCACCACCAAUGUGGGUCGACGGAUACCAAAUACGCUACUGGAGAAAAUACGAUGAUAAUGAAGCUGCUGCAUCUCGAGUCAUUGUUCACAGAACUGUAAACCAAACCCGUCUGGAAAACAUGCGACCUGAUUCGCAUUACCUUAUUGAGGUGCGAGCGUUUAAUGGAGCAGGACUGGGACCACCAAGCGAACACUGUGAAAUGUUUACCAGAAGACCCCCCCCAAGUCGUCGUUUGAGAGUUUACAAGUAUGUCAGCUUUACACGCAAAUGGCUGUAUCUGUAUUGGGAUCACAUCUAUAACUACUGGAAUGAGUCUUAUGUGGAGGGGUACAAGAUUUUGUUCCGGAAGGAAGGUGAGCGUUAUGGGAAGCUUUACACCACCGGCAGGCACUACAUUGACUUCCCCAUGCCAGAAACUGGUGAUUACGUCAUAGAGCUGCGAGCUCGCUGUGAGGGAGGAGAUGGACCCAUUUCACAGAUCAGAGUACAGGGUAAAGCAGCCGUGGGUGUUGAAUCUGUCAGUGUGGUCUCUGUCCUGCUGCUGGCUCUUGCCUGGACCACUUUAGGCCUGUAGGCAAAAAAAAAAAAAAAAGACUGUCAAACCUUGCAAAAUCCCUCCGAGAUGAAAACAUAUGGUCCGAACAGGACAAUCUCAUGGUGCAAAUGAAGUUUGUUUGAGAGUGUAACGAAUAUAAAGAAUGUGUUUGUAUAAAAUAAAAUAGCCACAAUCAAUCAAUGAAAUGGUGUUGUAAAAUAAACAUAUACAGUAUAGUAGCAGGAGUUGGUGAAUUUUUGAUGGCUUAUUCAGACACUGUAUAAUAUAUUUAUUCAUUCCCAGCAAACAAUCUUUGUUUAAUAGACAUCUAAUACACAUCUAGGUGUAAACAGCUUGGCUAAGACAAGGUUACACUUGGGCUGUCAGUGAAAAUCUAAUAGACAUCGAAGAAUAGCCCAAAACUAGCUAUAUGAAUAACUACUUAUUCAUUCCUGUUUAUUUGAUGACUAGUCUAGUUUUGGCCUAUUGUUAGACGUCUAUUAGAUUUUCACUGACAGCCCAAAUUUAGCCUUGUUUUAGUCUUGUUUUAGCCAUGUUUAGAUGUCUAUUAGACAUCUAAGAAUAGUCCAUAACUAGAAUAGUCAUCAAAUAGACAGAUUAGACAGAUUUAUAUGUGUAGUCAUUCAUUUCUGUUUGUUUGAUGACUAGUUUGGGCUAUUCUUAUACAAGACAAAUCUUAUAUAAGAUUUUCACUGACAGCCCAAAUUUAGCCUUGUUUUAACCAAGACAACUAUGUUUAGGCGUUUAUUAGACAUUUUUUAAAAACAAAAAAUGCUUGCUGGGUUCAUUCAUUUAUUUAGUUUUUGUUUAGUUAUGCUUUGGAAUUGUGUUAUGGGACCUUCAUCUGUGCUCCAUCAAGUUUCAAUGUGAAUAUUUAACUCUGUACUUUAACAAAGUGACUUUUAUAGAUUUUUUUUUUUUUGUAGUAGUUUAAAACAAUAGAUUGUAUAAGACUUAAUAAUGAUGCACAAUUACAGAAAAUUCUAGCCACACAUUGUAGAUUUUGUAAAAUCAUUUACAUGAUCAACAAAGUUUCAAACAAUUCAAAAUCACUUUGUUAAACUUUUCAACAUUAACAUUUGUUGGAGCAGAGAUUAAGUUCGUAAUUGAAAAGCAUAAAUAAAAAACACCCACUAAUCACAAAAAUCUACAGGAAUUACUGUAAAUGAGUGGAUUGUAAAUUAGUGAAUGUAUUUAUUAAACAUAACAUCUUUUUUAGUCAUUUUCCAUGUCAUCAGCGGCACAACUGCACCAUUAAAAUUGUUUAGUUUUUUUGUUUAUGCACUUGGCUUUCAGCUUAUUUUUUACGUUUGGUAAUAUUUAUAAAACCACUGUUUGAUUUUAAAGUGACUUCCCUAGAUUUUUUCCACGUAUUUUAAAUGAUUCACACUGCUAUUUUCACCUGUAGCUACUGUACAUCAGUAAAUAUUACAAAUAAAAAUAUUGCCCAA